GCGGGCGGCGGCAAGUGGGACCUACUCCUUUCCAACGCGGGCAUCUCCGCCAUGCACAUGCAGCUCCUCCACACGGACCGCGUGGUCAUGUUCGACCGCACCGCCUUCGGCAACUCCAACAUAUCCCUCCCCAACGCCAAAUGCCUCCACGACCCCGACGACCCCGCCUCGCGCCUCGACUGCACCGCCCACUCCGUUGAAUACGACGUCGCCUCCAACUCCGUCCGCCCCCUCACCGUCCUCUCCAACAUCUGGUGCUCCUCCGGCGCCGUCCUCCCCGACGGCACCCUCGCCCAGACCGGCGGCAACGGGAAGGGCGAUCACGCCGUCCGUCUCUACAAAGCCUGCACCGACAAUUAUUCCUCCUCCUGCGACUGGCAAGAGAUCAUAAACGGACUCACUCAGACAAGAUGGUACGCCACCAGCCAAAUCCUCCCAGACGGCCGCCAGAUCAUCAUCGGCGGCCGGAGCCAGUUCAACUACGAGUUCUACCCCAAACACUCCCCCACAGAUGGGUCCUACAACCUGCCGUUUCUCCAACAGACAUUCGACCACGCCGACACUGACAACAACCUCUACCCGUUCGUGUUCUUAAACACAGACGGAAAUCUAUUCAUUUUCGCCAACAAUCGAGCUAUUUUAUUCGACUACAAGAACUCAAAGCUCAUCCGGACCUACCCGGCCCUCCCGGGUGGUGACCCGAGGAACUACCCGAGCACAGGCUCUGCAGUAUUGCUCCCGUUAAAGAGCAAUGCUGCAGCAGCUGAGGUUUUACUAUGUGGCGGUGCGAUCAAGGGAGCUUGCGACAGGGCACGAAAAGGCGAUUUCGUGAGAGCUCUCGACACGUGUGGGAGGAUCCGGAUAAACGACCCGAAUCCUCAGUGGGUUAUGGAGACCAUGCCCUUGGCUCGGGUCAUGGGUGAUAUGCUGUUGCUUCCGAACGGUAAUGUCUUGAUCAUCAACGGUGCUGGUACGGGCACCGCCGCCUGGGAACUGGGGCGGAGCCCGGUUUUGUCACCGGUUCUCUACUACCCAGACAACCAGCCCGGGUCGAGAUUCGAGGUGCAGAACCCGACUGCCACGCCCAGAAUGUACCACUCCGCCGCUGUAUUACUUCGUGACGGUCGGGUUCUCGUUGGCGGAAGCAAUCCUCACGAGUUUUACAACUUCACUAACGUGCUAUUUCCAACUGAUUUAACUCUUCAGUCAUUUUCACCGCCGUAUUUGGAUCCGCGGUUUGACAAUCUGCAGCCGAAGAUCCUUUCGCCCGUAUCCGGAUCCAAAAUCGGGUACGGGCAGCAGAUUCCGGUCCGGUUCAGCGUUGACCCGGGUCAACUGGUGCAAAGCACAAUCAUGGUAACAAUGAUUGCUCCGGCUUUUGCGACUCAUUCGUUUUCGAUGAAUCAAAGACUGUUGGUCCUCGAGCGUGGGGAUGUGAUGCCGGUCGGGGGAUCCGCGUACCAAAUUAUGGCUACAACGCCGGGUUCGGGCAAUCUUGCACCGGCUGGGUACUACCUUAUGUUUGUGGUUCAUAAAGAUAUUCCGAGUGAGGGAAUCUGGAUCCAUAUCAAUUGA